GACCUGCAGACUGCGUCACAUUUGCGCAGAAACUCUGUAAAUACGCGUUCAGAACCACGUGACGCCAGUUAAACACCAAGGAGCUGCCCGCAUCAGCGCUGUUUGUCUCUGUUCUGUCUCUCUCAUUCUGGAUGUUUCCCGCACGCGCGUGUCUCUGUGUCCUGUGCGGUUUACCGGCAGCGGGGAAGUCCCGCCUGGCACAGGUGCUGCGGGAACACGCGCAGAGCCGCGGGUGGAAGACGCUGCUCGUGACGUAUGACGAACUGAUCCCGGCGAGCGACUGGCGCGAGAGUGAAUGGAAGCAGCAGAGAAAGACAGUCGUGAUGUGUUUGGAGAGAUUCCUGUGUCACACACACACUGAGAUGACUGACGACAUCUGGACACGCUUUGAGCAGAUGCACACGCUGCAGCAGACCGACUCUCAAACACACUCACAGCCACUCGUCAUCCUGCUGGACGACAACUUCUACUAUCAGAGCAUGAGAUACGAGAUCUACCAGCUGGCCAGAAAGAACUCGCUGGGCUUCUGUCAGGUGUUCCUGCGCUGUGAACUGCACGUGUGUCUCCAGAGGAACCAGCAGAGAUCUCAGCGUGUUCCUGAUGAAGUUCUGCAGCAGAUGAGCAUCCGUAUGGAGCCUCCAGAUCCCACCAGAAACUCCUGGGAGCAACAGAGCCUGACGGUGGACAACACGGAGAACAUCACAGACGCAGAUGUACUGAAGAUGAUGGACAUGUUGGUGUUUGCUCUGGAGAACCCGCUGAGGCCCGUUCAGGAUGAUUCACAGCAGAAGGAAGCAGACAGACAGAUAUGUGCAUCUAGUGUUCUUCAUCAGGCCGAUCAGACGUGCAGGCGGAUCAUUUCUCAGACUGUGACAUCAGCACGCGAAAAUCAGGCUUCUUCAGUAGUUUUGAAGGCUCUUGCUAAAGAGCUGAAUGAGCUGAAGACUCGAUUCCUGCGGGAAUUAAAGAAAGAAGUUCUUCAUCGAGUGUCGGUUUGUCCAGAAGAGCCCGUCAACACAGAGAAACUGCUGAUGGACGCGGCGAGAGCGUUUGAGCGAGACACACAUGAGAUCGUGUCCAAACACAGACGUUUAUAACACAACACUUCAGAUGUUAUUACACAUUCACCUCACGACUGAUGUAUCAAAUGAUUUUGCCUAUCUGAAAGAUUUUUGAUUGUGUAUAAUAUUUUAUGUGGAAUAUAUUUUUGUAAAUUCAUGUGAAAUCCAUUUUCACUUAUUGAGUCAUUAACACUUAAUUCUGUUUUUCUUUACAAACACAGAAAUGCAGCUCUUCAGAGUAAUUAGUGUGGGUUUAAUUAACACAGAAGUCUGUUAUUUGUGUCACCUAAAGCAUUCUUUUAUGUCAGUUAACUUUAUAAAUGACAUUACUGUAACAAACGUUUCAAAUGUGUCAUAAUCAUUCAGUGGCUUAACUUUUAUUACACUUUAUGAGUAAAACAUCAUUAUUACUAUUGCACAUAAUUACUGAUAAUGAUUUGAACAAAUCAUGAUGUCAUCUUUUCCGGAAAUACACAGGCCCCGCCCUCCUGUCACUCUUUGUCCAAU